AUGCAACAGGGGGGCCCCAGCUGCCCUUGGGGCCCCCAUACCCAGUGGUUGAACCAGCAGCAGCAGCAGCAGCAGCAGCAACAGCAGCAGCAAAGAUCUGCUGGCCCACGCCGCCACCAUACUUUAGAAGGAAAUGGCAGCAGCAGCGACAACAGCAGCAGCAGCGAGAACCGCAGCAGCAGCGAGAACAGCAGCAGCAGCAAUGGAGUAGACCAACAAUGUUCAAGCAGCCUACUACUGGCUUUGAUAGUCUUGGCCUGUCCGCAGCAGCAGCACGGCGAGCAGCAGCAGCAGCAGCAGCAGCAUCUGCAGCAGCAGCAGCAGCGGCAGCAGCAAGUAAAAUAUCAGCUGUGGGCUUUCCUAGAGAAGCAGCACGGCCCAAAGAGCUUUGAUGAAAAGCCGUGGGACGAGCAGCAGCAGCAGCAACAGCAGCAGCAGCAGCAGCAGCAAAAGCAGCAGCAGCAAAGGCUGGUGCAGCAGCGACUGCAGCAGCUACGAGCGGACACGCGCUGCUGA